CUCCGUCCAGCAGUGUUCAUUUUGAUGGGAUUUCCUGGGAUCGAGCACCUGCAGCACUGGCUGUCUGUCCCUUUCACUGUCCUCUACAUCACGGCUCUCACAGCUAACAGCAUCCUAAUACUAGUGAUCAGACUAGAGAAGAGUCUGCACUCUCCCAUGUACCUUUUCCUUUGCAUGCUGGCAAUGGUGGACAUUGGUUUAUGCACAAGUACUAUACCAAAAGUGCUGGAAGUGCUUUGGCUCGACAACAAGGACAUUUCAUUUGAAGGCUGUUUUAUUCAGAUGUUCUUCAUUUAUGUUUUUGUAUCACUAGAAUCCUCAGUUCUAGUGAUGAUGGCUUAUGACCGAUACAUUGCCAUUUAUAGCCCUUUACUCUACACAUCAAAACUGUCAAGGACUCACAUAGCAAAAAUGUUUUUUUUAUUUUUAAUCAGAGACAUCAUUUUAACUGGGAUGAUACCUACAUUAGCAUCCAGAUUGCCUUAUUGUUCUUCUAAUAUUAUCCCCCAUUGCUACUGUGACCACAUGGCUGUAGCAAAACUGGCCUGUGCUAAUAUAACCAUGAACAGUUAUUAUGGACUGUCAGUGGCAUUAUUUAUAGCAGGCUUUGAUGUGGUACUUACUUCAUUUUCUUAUAUAAUGAUAUUCAGAGCAGUGCUAAAACUUGGAUCAAAAGAAGCUCGCUUGAAAGCAUUAAACACCUGUGGAGCUCAUUUGUUUGUUAUCCUGACCUUCUACGUAACUUUAAUGUUUAAUUAUUUUUUAUACAGGGUUGGUAAUGGAAUUCCUGUUCAUGUACACAAUGUAUUUUCAGUUUUGUAUCUCCUCAUCCCUCCAGUAUUAAACCCCAUUGUUUACUCUGUUAGGACUAAAGAAAUCCGUCAAGCAUUUUUGAAACACCUCAUGAGGAGAAGAGUUGACCCAUAUGCAAGGCAUUAG